AUGGAAACCCUCGUGGGCCUCGUGUGCAGAGCCCCGGGCGCUGCUUCUGAGCACGGGGGAGCUGUGUGUCCGUCUCCCUUCGACGUCUUCCCCGGAGGGCAAGGUGGUGGGCCCAGCGCCGCUGGUGCGGAUGCCCUUCGGGGACCCUCUGUCCCUGAGGGGCCGUCGCCGGCGCUUGGGCGUCCGCAGCGGGGUGACUUGGCUCCUGGGUCGGCAGGGCUGAGGCCUGGCCAGACAGGCGCCCUGAGUUGGAAGGGGCCGUGGGGGGUGGGGGCUGGGCUUCAGAAUCUGGGGAACACCUGCUACGUGAACGCGGCGCUGCAGUGUCUGAGCCACACGCCGCCCCUGGCCAGCUGGAUGGUGUCCCAGCCGCACGCCACCCUCUGUCCGGCCCGCAGCGCCUGCACGCUCUGUGCCAUGCGCGCUCACGUGACCCGAGCCCUCCUUCACGCGGGAGAGGUGAUCCGGCCCCGCAAGGACCUGCUGGCGGGCUUCCACAGACACCAGCAGGAGGAUGCCCACGAGUUUCUGAUGUUCACUCUGAAUGCCAUGCAGCAAGGGUGCUUGAGUGCAUCCCAGCCGUCGGGCCAUGCCUCGGGGGACACCACCGUCAUCCGUCAGAUCUUCGGCGGGACGUGGAGGUCUCAGAUCCAGUGUCUCCACUGCCUCGGUGUCUCGGACACGUUCGGCCCUUAUCUGGACAUCAGCCUGGAUAUCACGGCGGCUCAGAGUGUGGAGCAAGCUCUGAGCGAGCUGGUGAAGCCCGAGAAGCUGGACGCGGACAAUGCCUAUGACUGCGGCGUCUGUCUCCGGAAGGUGCCUGCCACCAAGAGGUUGACUGUGCACAGCACCUCCCAGGUCCUGGUGCUGGUGCUGAAGCGGUUCACACCGGUGAGCGGGGCCAAAAGGGCUCAGGAGGUGCGCUAUCCCCAGUGCUUGGACCUGCAGCCCUACACGUCUGAGCGGAAGGCAGGGCCACUGGGCUACGUGCUCUAUGCCGUGCUGGUGCACUCCGGGUGGAGCUGUGAGCGAGGACACUACUUCUGUUACGUCCGAGCGGGCAACGGCCAAUGGCAUAAGAUGGACGAUGCCAAGGUGACCGCCUGUGACGAGACCGCUGCCCUGAGCCAGAGCGCCUACGUCCUGUUCUACGCCCGGGAGGGUGCGUGGGAAGGGGGCGCUGGGCGAGGGGCAGCGGCCCCCGUCGGGGCUGACCCCACAGACCCCGGGCAGCCUGCAGGAGACGCCGGCGGCAGAGCUCCUGGGUCGGAGGAGUCCCCGGGAGACACAGAGGUCGAAGGGAUGAGCUUAGAGCAGUGGAGACGCCUGCAAGAACUCAACCAACCAAAGCCGGCCGAGGAGCUCUGGAAGGUCCAGACAGCCCUGCCUGCCGGCGCAGUCGUGAUUCACCAGUCCAAACACGGAGGAGGGAGAAACCACAUGCCACCCCAACAGGACGACCGUCCCAGAACGGACACCCCGCCUCCGGGGCCGAAGAACGUCGGCAACGGCCCUUGUGCCAGCGGGAGG